AUGGUGCAGAUUGACUAUUUAAAAAGCUGUGUUGUUACCAUUAUCUUGUUAUUUAUUGUAUCAAAUGCUUUGCCGGUAAACGACGGCCCAGAGUAUUCGCUCAAGAAAGGUAAAUCGCCUCAACACAGGCAUAGAAAGGCGACCACUACGACAACAACAACAAGAAAAAGCACGGCAACCACAGGAUUGACGUCUAGUACUACAACGGAAACAAGCGUUAAAGUGACAACAACAACAUCGACAUCAACGAUUACUACAGAAUCGAAAACUUCUGCCAGAGCUUUGACAAGUACUGCCAUUACUACUACUACUACUACUACUACUACCUCUACAGCAAAAACAACACCUCCGUCAAAGACAUGGACCGGUAUCUUUCCUACUUCAUCUCCAACCUACUAUCCCGAUUUCCCAUUUGGUGGUGUUGCAGAGCAGGUUCCUGUACCUACAGGCCCUCUUGUUAGAGCAGCUUUAAACAUAAAGCCAUACCCAAAACUGUACACGACAGCUGAUACCACACAUCCAGAGGUAAAAGCAGUUAUUGACUCAAUUGAUUGGAAUUAUGUGCCCAAUAUCCCCGUUCGGUCUCCCGAAGGCAGUGAUAACUACGACUACAACAAAGACCCAGAUUGCUGGUGGUCACAAACAGAGUGUACAACGCCCAAAGUAUCUUAUCUUCCAAAGGAUGUUUCUUACUGCACGAAUCCAGGUGAUUUUGGCUUGACAUACGACGAUGGUCCAUUGAACCCAACAGUUGAAGAUGACCCUUGGGCAGAACCGCGUCUUUAUGACUUCCUUGCACAGCAAGACCAGAAGGCCACUUUAUUUUUUGUCGGAUCCAAUGUUGUUGCUUUUCCUCAAGCAGCCAAGCGCGCGCUUCAAGCUGGCCAUACAAUCUGUGCUCAUACAUGGUCUCAUCCUCAGAUGACAGCCGUCUCAAAUGAAGUAGUCGUUGCUGAGCUUUAUUGGAAUAUACGAGCCAUCAAGGAAGCAACUGGUGUGACAACCCGUUGUUGGAGACCUCCAUUCGGCGAUGUGGAUGACCGCGUACGUGCUAUUGCUCAUCAGAUGGGCCUAUCAACCAUUAUAUGGGACAGCGACUCGUUUGAUUGGAAGUUACCUUCAUCAGCUAAUGGUUAUGCUGGUACCUAUAAUGACAGCACCGUAGACGGUUUCUUUCAAGGUUGGAUAGAUAAGCGAAAGAAUGGUCAAGAUACUAAAAGGGGCCAUAUCGUACUGGAGCAUGAAACGAGCGAUAUGACCAUUAAGGUGACUGAGCGUUGGUUACCUCAACUAAAGCAAGUCUUUGACGUCAAGAGAGUACAUGACUGUGCUCCACAGCUCCCUAGUCCUUAUUGGGAAUCAUAA